AUCUGCUAGUUGGAGGAACCAUGCAUUGGAGGAACCAGGUGUCAUCAAUCAACACUAACUGCCUGACUUAUAUUAAAGCAGCAUUCUGUGUCAGUGUGUAGCUGUUGUCUCAAUGUGAAGGAAGUGCAGAAAACUGUCUAAUCGAGACUGUAGAAUUUCUCAGAUCAGACUAAAGAUGUCUGGCCGUGGGAAGAAAGCUGUGCCCAAACCAAAAUCUGCAGUGUCCCGUUCCUCCAGAGCAGGGAUCACUUUCCCAGUGGGUCGCAUCCACAGGCUGCUCAGGAGAGGCAACUACGCUGAGCGAGUCGGCACUGGCUCUGCAGUGUACCUCUCGGCCGUGCUGGAGUACCUCUGUGCUGAAAUCCUGGAGCUGGCAGGAAACGCUAGCCGUGACAACAAGAAGCACCGCAUCGCUCCACGCCACAUCUUGCUGGCGGUGAAAAAUGAUGAGGAACUCAACAAACUGCUGGCAGGAGUCACGAUCUCAGAGGGUGGUGUCAUCCCAAAUAUCCAGGCGAGCCUUCUCCCCAAGAAGACCAAGAUGCCCAAGGAUGACAGUUCUGCUAAAGAUGUGCAGUCUCAAGAGUUUUAAUUGUGAAUGUAAAAGUCUUGCAAAUUUUAUCAUAUUAAAGUAUUAAGUGUUUGUUUUUUCA